GGCAAUGACGUAGCGCUUUUCCUUCCUCUUUUGCAUUUCAAAUGUCUCGUAUUCCCUGCUUGUUUCCGUUCAGGAAACCAUCGUCCCUGUGGGUUUUACGCCAAGUGUCGUCUCUGUUGCGCUUUUCCUCACUGUAGGAGCCACUCGCGUGGAGUUCAGCGAAGAACAAGGGGACAGCUCCUCAUCGUUUCUGGAUACGUCGCGGAUGACUGUCGAGAUUAUUAGUAACGCGGUGUAACGCUGUAGGCUAGCGUUUGUAGCUUUUAUUGCAACUCGUCAGCAAUAUCGUUUCCGAUUCACGUAACUUUUUUAUUUGAUAAACGUGUUUGUAAACAUGAGCUUUCUCCACGCAGAGUGACCUUUUCGACCCAGAGCGCGUGUACGUCGCCUACCUGACCGAAUAAGUCAGACCUAAAUGAUUACAGUAGCAUGCUGCUGAAAUUGAUAGGUAGAUAUAAAUAAACAGCUUUUCGGUUGGGACGGCAAUGGGACGUGUGUUUUACUCUAACCUAAGAUAGCGGAGGAGCGACUAUGCGGUCGGACGUGGAAUACAGUCCAGUGGGCGAGGGGCUGGGGAUGCGCGAAUACUGGCUUUACGCGUGGAUGCGGAGAGUCUCGGUCCUGGCCGCGCAUGUCACUGCGGUCGGGUUCACUACGCUCAUGGCCAUACUGUCCCGGCCCGGAACAAGUCUCUUCUCUUGGCAUCCCCUCUGCAUGUCGUUCGGGUUCUGCCUCUGCAUGACGGAGGGGAUCCUGCUUUUCUCGGCCGAGGGCACCCCGUGCUGCUUCAAGUCCCGCAAGGGGAAGAUCCGCGUGCACUGGGUCCUGCAGGCCCUGAUGCUGGUGGCCACCUGCACGGGGCUGGCAUUCAUGGUGGCCAGUAAGAAUGUGUCGGAGCGCCCCCACCUGGCCACGUGGCACAGUGUGCUGGGCAUGACCACGCUGGCUGCGACGUUGCUGCAGGCCGCAUGUGGCACAUGCCUGCUCUUGCCCAAACUCCUGGGCGCGCCCUUGCUGCCUCGCAUCCGCCUCUACCACGCCACCUGCGGCCUGGUGGCCUACCUACUGGCCACCAUCACCGUGAUGGCGUCCAUGUUCACGGACUGGUUCCAGGCCACGGUGAAGGGCGCCAUGUGGUACGGCUUCGUACUGCUGCCGCUCUUCCCCGCCCUGGUGGUGAUGAAUCACGUCACCAACACCUUCCUGCCUAAGAAGAAGCUAAUGAUGUGAAGAACUGUGACGCACGCAAGCUAAAGAAAAGGUCCCGGUUUGAUACUUGAGUUUGUGUGUUUUAAAAGCAGUUGCACUAUGGACAAAUUGAAGCCUAAUAAUGACAUAUCUCCUGUGAAGAAGUACUUGCACAUUUUAUAAUUCUAUAUUUUUUUUUGGCUUUGACAUGUUACUUAAGUAGAAUAGUGUGUGGUGCAGUUGGAGUGUAAAAGUGAAUUAAGAUACUGUGGAUUACUUGUGUUCUAUUGUGUAGAUGUGUGUUAAGAACAAUUUUGUGUACGGGCACGCACGCACAAGCAUUGAUUUAUGUUUCCUAAAUUGUUUGGCUUCUGCGCCUCUGGCCUGUCUAUCUAACUAAUACCAACGGCAAUGUUACACAUUUGCUGUAGGGAUGAAAAUGUGGUUCUGUACUUUGUCAGACUUUUAUAUAAUAUUUAUAAUCUAAGGUUUAUUCCAUUUUCACAGGGGUUUUGCCCUAAAUACUGUAAUAUGUGCUGAGGGACCUUCCUUUCUAACCCUUGCAUUGUGUGAAUAGUGUGCCUGAUCAGAACAAAGAAUUUUUAUAGCUAUUUUAAUGCUAUUUUUCUGUAUAGAAGACAAAGGAAACAUGUACAGUGGCAUUAUUGACCCAGUUUUUCUGAAGCUUUUUUGCUUCAGUUUGUUGAAUAAUAGUUCUUCUCAGCCUGUGUGUUAAAUUUCCUCUUCUAUAACGCACAGUCAAUCAGCAGACUAAACCCUUUAUGAAUAGUCGUGUUUGGGUUUCCCAGGCCUGGUAGAGAGAACCAUUUGUUUGCUGAUUUUAAUUAGCUCAUUCAUGUUGGGGUACUGUUAAACCCUAAUUACUGUACCACUGUGCUAGUGACAUCACGGUUUACUUAGUAACGUUAAGGUUGCGUGAACUAAAAUUAUUUGCAGCACUAGUCAACAUUGAUCAUGUACUUCAGCAUUAAUAAACAAUACAAUGCUAAUAAUUAAAAUCAUCAAAACAGUUGUUAAACAAUUUUUUUCAUAACCUAGUCAUCAGUCUGUUUGCACGUGGGAAGCACUGAUGAGUUCUACUACUGAUGUUUAUUGCUUUAUUACAUUACUUCAGAAACCCAUCAAUCUUUCCAUUAUCAUUUAUUUUGUUGUGUAUCUCUAAUUGCAGACCAUUUAAAUGAGUGAUGGUGCUUGCCUUCCUUACAUAAAUUAAUUGAAAUCUUUUUUGUAGAUGAGUCAGCAUUUACACUGUACAAUAUCUCUAAAGUAUAAAAGCAUGUAAUAAAUGCAUCAUGGCAGAAAAUA